AUGUCGGAAUUUAGUCUCCCUCUCUCUAAAAAGGUUGCUAUCGUGACCGGAGCAUCUAGGGGUAUCGGGAAAGGAAUCGCAUUGGAGCUCGCGCGCCGAGGAGCAACAGUGAUUUUGACCUACGUGUCUAAAAGCAGCGAAGACCUCGUCAAGGAAAUUUGCCGAACUAUCGAAUCUUUUCCGCACAAGCCUCGCACUCAUGCUUGUCGAGUCGACCUUAGUACCCUUGAAGGCCCCGAAAUUCUUAUCAGCGACCUUCUCGUAUGGAGCGAACGAAAUCUCAAGAUCGACAUACUCGUUAAUAAUGCCGGCGUGGAAAAUGCGAACACCCUAGCGGAGCUGACCGUUGACGAUUAUAACGCCGUCUACAACCUGAACGUGCGCGGUCCAUUGCUCUUGACUCAGGCUGUUCUACCUUACCUGAAUAGCCACGGACGUAUUAUCAACAUCGGUUCCGUUGCCUCGAGAGGCGGCUUCAAGAAAUUUUGCCUAUACGGAUCUUCGAAGGCGGCACUGGAAGGUUUAACUCGGACAUGGGCCCACGAGUUAGGUGGCAAUGGAACAACGGUCAACUGCGUAAAUCCAGGACCCGUCCAGAGCGACAUGCUAGACAACAUCCCGAAAGAUCUCGUGGAACUCCAGAGGACUCAGACGGCGGUCGAAAAUCGAAUAGGAACAGUUUCCGAAGUUGCAAAUAUAGUUGCAAGUUUGGCCGGCAAGGAUGGUGGUUGGAUUACAGGCCAAACGAUCUGCGCCUCCGGAGGCUAUGCUAUGUAUUAG